AUUUUUUUAAUAAUAAUCAUGGUGGUGGUGAUAAUGGUUGCUGUCGCCCCACAGGCAGGUUUUCUAAGCCGUUAUGUCCAAGGUAACCACCUUUUAUAAAUCUCUUGCCUGCAUGUCAGACCUGUGGGUCAAUUGACUGCCUGGAAGUGUCUCUUCCUUUUACUUGGAACAAUGGAUUUUGUGAUUUUUUUUUUUUAUUUUUUUUUUUUUUUUUGUUCUUUUUAUCCAUAAGUCAGCUGUUCUCUCCUGCUGUAAAAUGUCUACGUGGGACUUCCUUGAUCAGUAUCCCAUCUGGAACGCUCUUCACCUGAAAGUUACAAGUCUUCUCUGACAAAGCAUUAAGCGGUAUAAUUGGACCUCGUUUGUCACUGAAUGUUCCAAGAGGAUCUGAUUGGUUUAGCUGUGCUCUAUAACCUUCCAGAAGGAGUGAAACUUGCACACCGUAUCAGUUUCUUGCUGCAUAGAGCUCAGUAUGUUUCAAUGAACUGCUUCAAAUGGGUUUACCAGACUCUAGGAUUAACUCCCUAAAAUUCAGACUGGGAAGGAAGAAAAUAUGUGAUUGCUGUAACUCUUAAGAAAUUAGUCCAGGGGCCAUCAGCAAGAAAAAGUUUUUUAAGUAAUAAUUUAAAUAAAGUUUGUUAUAAUCAUUAGUGUUCGAACCUUUCUUGUUCAUCAGGGAGUGGCUUAAAGUUUCAGUGGUGUUCUCACUGACAUCUUUGGCAAAAUGCCCGUUGAUUUCAAUAGUGGUAGGAAUAGGCUGCUUUAGAAAACUUGCACCUGACUUCAGGUGUCUCAAGUUUCACAUCCUCAAGUUUCAUAUGUUCAGAUUAAGAUACUAGUGACAGAUGGGCCCUGUCCAUAGAAAUGGUAAGCACGAUCCCAUUGAUGUAUAUUGAAAUUUUGGGUUCUGCAGUUCAGAUCUUUUGAAGGCACCUUAAUCAGAGGUGACUUCUGUCAUUUUGCAUUUCAUGCUUUGCCAAAAAAAAAAAUGUUUUACUGGAUGAAACAGUGAGGCUCGGGGCUCUUAAUAAUCUGCUUUCUGAUCUUGGACAAGUCACUCUGAAUUGUUUUUGUCAGUUUUUAUUAUCUACUUAACAAUUAGUUAUCUCGCAAGCAUGUCACUAGACCACUUUGAGCUCCUUAAAAAGAAUCUAUUUGUGUAAAUGCUUGUUAGAGCUGUUAUAUUUCAGGCCUGUAAUAGAUAGGAGCAGGAGCAUUGUUUAAUAGUAUUGUUUCUUGCUAUGCUAGUUACUUGGCCAGUCAUUUCUGAAAGGAACAUUUCAUGCUGGCUUAAGAUGGCUUUAAUGGGUAUAAAAUUACCCACAAAGUUAAGAGUUUUUGGAAGAAGGCCGUUUCAUUCACAUUGUUGUGAAUGAAAAUCUCAACAAUCAAGAUGUCAUACUAAUAAAUAUUUUUGUAAGAAUCUUGCUUAGUGGCCUUUCCAAGAAAUUGUUUCUCCUGCAGCUGCUGAGAUGCAGCUGCUAACAAAGCUUCUCUUGUUUUGAAAAGGUGGACAAAACAAUUGGGCUGUCUUUAAGACGUGGAUUUUUAUAUUCUUAAGCACUUCCUGGUUGCUUUAAGGUGAAAGUGCAUGAUUAGUCAGAAUUGAUAUGGAUAUUACUUCUAAAUGCACCACAAAGCCCCAGGGGGUGAUUACUUAGGUGAUGAUAAUAGAGCUGUCGCAACUAAUCUUGCAAGGAACAUUGUCAUUUGAAUGUCACGGGUCUUAUGUUUUUGUUUUGCUAAAUGCAGUUUCUAACUCAAAGCCAGAAGGCAGUAAAGUUAAAAAAAAAACCAAAAAAAACCCCACUGUGCACAGGACAGAGGAUUAUUUAGGACCAGAUCCUGGAAGGAUCCUCAAAGUGUCUACCUCUUUAAAAUAAGGAUCUUAAAACCAAUUUUUUUAGAUAGAGAAAAAAGUAAUGAAAAACAACACUUUAUUUUAAGAAUCUUGUAGAUGCAGCCAUUUAUUUAAAUGGAACAUGAUGAUCUCAUUUGCAUAAGUAGACACCAUUGCAUAAAGCACAUUCAAUAAUUAAAUGUCUCUGGGGACACUAAUUUUAAAUGUUUAAUCAAAUAUAAACAAGAAUGCUAAAAGAUCUCUGACAAUAAAAUGGGAAAUUCAGUAGCCACUAGCAACAAAGCGGGGGAGGUGAUGUAUAUUCUUUUAAUGUCUCUAUACCAGCUUGCAGUAAAAAUGACCUGAAUAAAGGAAAAAUGGUCCUUUUUCAGUUUUACUAUGUUGUAUAAAGAAGUCCAACAUGAUUUGUCAAUUUUUUCUGCCUUUGUUUCAUUUUUGUUUCUGCUAGAAAUCCAGGUCUUGGUUACCCUUCUCUUCCUGGAGGGCUUGAAAGCUAGUAGGAUCCUGACCAUGUUACCAUGAAAGUGGAACCUGGGUGAUGGUGAGAAAUGCGAAUAUAGACUGCAUAAUGCUUUUAUAACUGCUUGACUGCUUGUAAAUGUCCUCCAGAGGGUUGGGAAGAAUAAUCAUUUUGGGGAGGGUGAGGGAGUGUCUGUAUUACAAUCAAGUGAUAUGAUUGCAACCCUGUAGCUUUACACCAGCCCAUUUCGGUCUUGCUAGCUUAUUUCUGAUAGCAGCAAACCUUGUCACCACAGGCUUCAACCUGAUCUGCAUGAGUCCACCUGGGAUCUUUGGGCCUUUGUACAUGCCACAAAAUUGGCCUUUAAAGCAGCUUAAAUGCCCUUUUGCACCACUUAAUGGUGCUGCUGUUUACACUGUCGGUGGCAUAUAGCGCAUUAAAUGACUUUGGGAUGUAACAAAAUAAAACGCCUGCGAGGUGUUUUAGUUUGCUACCUAACAAAGUGCAGCAGCCACAGAGGGAAGCACCAGGCCCCAUGCAGCUCACGGGCUGUGCAGGCAGCCUGUGCAGGCAGGCUCCACGGAAGAAGGGACAAAAAAAAGCGGCGAGCCUAUUUUUUUUUUUUCUUUCCCUCUUCCCGGAGCCUGCCUGCCUGAGCUGCGUGGGGUCCCGGUGCUUGCCUCCACGGCUGUGUGUGGGGGGCAGGGGGUCAGUGCUUCCCUCCAUGGCUGCACACCAGCUGCCCCCCCCAUAGCUCAGGGACUGCUUGGCCUGCCAGCAGCUGCCCCCUCCCUCCCCAGUCACCGGAGAGGCAGGUAAGGAUUGGGCCCAACCCUUGUGUACAUGCCACAGGGGUUUACUUCAGUUUAAUUCUCCCUAAAUUGAAGCCGCGUUUUUAAAAACCCACCAGUUCAAUUUAGGGAGAAUUAAACUGAAGUAAACCCCUGUGGCAUGUACAAGCAGCCUUAGGUACAUACUUGGGUUAGCAGCCCCCACUCAAGUUCAAAUAAUAAUAAAACCUGGUGUUUCCAGGCUUCCUUUCAGGCUUCCUUUACUUAUGUAGCUAAAUCUAUGAGACGAGGAUUUUGUGAGUCACAUCCUUUAUUGGAUAAACUGCAUAGUUGGGAUAAGAAAGCUGGUCUAACUUUAUCCUAACAGUGUGGUUUCCAAUAAGAGAUGCCCACAAAAAACUUUGUCUCUUGCAUAAUUCCUAGACCAUUACAGCUAUAACAUUACUCCAACAGGUAGCUAAAUCUAGACAUGUCCACUUGCAUCUAAAAGCACCAGAACUGGACAAGUAUUAUUCUUCCCUGUUCCGAGUUGCUGGUAAAACCUCAAAAUUAAUUGAAUUCCACAGUGAGGAGUCUGAACCUACGUGUCCUUAGUUUAGUUUAGAUCUGUCAUCUUGGAGCAGAUUUUAAAAAGCUAAUCUUGCUGAGUUGCAGCAGCAGCUGCUAUUCUCUACCAUAGUAAAUGAAGCUUUCAGACAGCCUCAUCUUUGGAAUUACAGUUCUGAUCCUAAUGUGUAUUUUAAUAGUCAAUCAAGAUGCUUAUUAAAUUAUAACAGUGUAUAUUAGUACUGUUCCUGCACUGCUGUAGAAAUUUUGAUCAUUUAGUUUUUAUUAGUUUUGUGAUUUAAUGAACAGAAAACAUUAAAACUAAAAGCCAAAUGCAAAACAGCUAUAUAAAAAUGUUCUAUAAAACCCAGAAAAAUGACAGAUAUAGCUGUAGAAAAUACCAAAGUCACAGUCCCUGGUAAAUGCUAUUAACUCUAAUCGAAUGCUGAUGCUGACCUUCAUCUUUCUUUAUUUUUCCAUUUUUUUGUCUUGUGUGCUUUUUAUAAUGUUCAUAAUGUUCAGACUUGUACUGCAGUGUAGCUUAUCAAAAGGAUUUGAAAAUAAUUCACUCAAAUGAAUAUUGUUUAUAAGAGUAGAAUGCAAAGGUCAGAAUUUCUUAGCCACGUCACCUUCUUUCAUACAGAGUGCUAUAAAAAUUAAAAAAAAAAAGUUUUCCUUAUUUUUAAAGAAUUUGAAUAUACCAUGGCCUUCCGGUAUCUACUGAAGAGGGCUAUUUAUCCUACAGCAAGUCCAGAGCACUACAGUAUACAAUGGUUACUGCAGUGUUUGGAAUCAGUAUUAUGUUUGUGACUACAAAGAUGAAUGCCUGUAAAAUGCAUUCAGUCAUAAUAUUAGAAAGGACAUUAAAGGUCAUCAAAUCCAUCCCUUUGCACAUAUGUAGGAUGCAUUAUGAAAUAUACUAACUCUUACUUUCUCAAACAGAUCUGGACUAGUCACAACUACCUGUAUGAUAGGUAGACGGGAGGAGGGUCCCCAAAUUUAUUUUGGUUGUGACAUCACGGGGCAUAGUAUGGUAAAGGUGGAAAAUCACUGCAUGAACCAGCUUUAGCCCUGCUCAUCCAAGAAGCAUAACUGAGCAGUCAGAGUGUAGAAAGCUGGAAGGAUCGUGCAGAAUUCCAUCCAGUCUGGAGGGACCAUCUGGCACUGGAGGCAGCUCAACGUGAAGCAAGUUGGAUCCAGAAAAUGGAAACAAAGCAAGAAAGAAAGAAGCAGCGUGUUGUAAACUUGGACUCCAACUCGGACAAUGCAUAGAUGUGUGAAACUUGUAACAACCUGUGUUGCUCUCAAAUUGGGCUUGUCAACCGCAAGUGGAUUCAGCAGGCACCUGACUAGAUCCCGUACAUCGUGAUCCAAAGGAUUGACAGUUGCCUAUGUAUUACCUAUAACGUUGUGUCCCAAACAGAUCCUCCCAUGCAAUUCACAUAAAUCCUUAGUGAUCCCAGAAUACUUUGCUGGUUUAGUUUGCGAUCACAGUUCCCUUAGCUGUUGGUGUCAGUGUGUUUAGUAGGGGUGGGCGAAGCAGGCAGUAUUUGAUUUGGAUUCAAAUUUGGCCCAAUUCGGGGGACAGCAAUUUGAUUAGCUGAUUCAGUUCACUGUCCCUAUUCAAUUUAGCUGAAUCCGAAGAUUCGAUUCUGAUUUGGAGGAUCAGCGAUUCGGCCAUAGAUGCAACUUUAUAUGUUUUUUCUACAUACCUCGAGGUACUGGGCGCAGCUCAUGAAAGCUGCAAUGCUGGGGUGGAUGGAGCGUCCCACAGGAGCACAUGGGGGGGGGGGUCCCCUGUGCACUUGGCGGUUGGACUGAAAGUACUUAAGGUCCACUUUCAGGUCCACCGAUGAGCGUGCGGGGGAUACCCUCGUGCUGCUGUGGGACGCUCUAUCUGCCCCAGCGUCGCAGCAUUCACGAGCCGCCUGGUAUCUCGAGGUAUUUAGAAAAAACAUUUAAAGCUGUGUCUAUGGCUGAAUCAUCAGAUCUCUCUGAAUCGCAUCGGAGGCUUCUGAUUUGAUUUGGAGAGAUUAAUGGGGUUCUUGGUUCAAUUCGGAUUUGGAGUUUCAGCCGCUGAAUCGAGUCAAAUGUCCUCCAAAUUGAAUCGGCGACCAAAGCUUUGCACAGCCGUAGUGUUUAGCGUGACUAAUGGAAUUCUCCUACAGGCCCAGUGACAGAGGCCUGCGUGUGGUGGUGGUGUGGGCUUCACCCCUGCUGGUGAGGACUGCCCCUCGUGCUUGUAAGCAUGCAGUCAUGAUUAUGCCAGUAGCAGAACACAGGGACACUUCCUCAAGUAAGAGGUGUCCAUGCUUCUAAUUGUUUACAUCUCUCUUUGUAUCAUCCUCGAUAUGGGAUUUAAAUCAUUUGGAGGCGUGCACGCUCAGUUUCCCUAUUGUUAAAUGGCAAUAAUUAUAUGCUGAACUUGCAGUGCAGAGGCCUGGUUAAGUUUAAUUCACUAACAUGCCACCCUUAACUGGCUCUGAUAGAAUAAAGGACACGUUAAUGAUACUAUUAUAUUAACAGUUUGAAGCUAUUUUGGUGCAAGGCAUUAUUUCAGUGGAAGCUGUCUGGAGCAAUAUGGACAUCAUAUCACAAGGUCAUAGGAAAGUAGGGUUGGAAGGAACCUCAUGAGGUUAUUUAAUCCAGCCCCCUGCUCAAGGCAGGAUUGUCCCUGACUAAGCCAUCCCAGCCAAGUGUCUGUCUGACCCACUUUUGAAAUUUUUCCAAGAAUGAAGAUGCCGCAGUUUCUCUAGGUAGCUUGUUCCAGUGAUUGAUCACCCCAUAGUUAGAAGGUUGCUUCUAAUCCCCAACCUAAAUUUUUCUCUGAUGCAUCUUGAGGCCACAGAGAAAAGCCCAUCUCCCUCUUAUCUGUAUUUGCCCUUCAGGUAUUUGAAGACUGUUAUCAAAUCCACCUUCAGUCUUCUCUAGAAUAAAUAAACCUAGCUCUUUCAGGCUUUCCACAUAAGUCUUGCUUUACAGGCCUCUAAUUAUUGUUGCUGCUCUUUGCUGGAGUCUCUCCAAUCCGUCAACAUCCUUCAUGAAGUGUGGGGCCCAAAACUGGACACAAUGCUCCAGGUAAAGUCUCACCAGUGCCAAAUAGAAUGGAAGAAUUGUUUCCUUUGAUUUUCAUGACACACCUAUUAAUAUAACCCAGUAUGCCUUUUUGCAGCAAGAGCACACUGUUGGCUCAUAAUAAAUUUAUGGAUUACUGUCACCUCCCGGUCCUUUUCUACAGUACUGCAGCCUAACCAGUCAUUUCCCAGUCUAUAUUUGAGCAUGCAGCUAUUCUAUCCCAAGUGCAGGACUUUGGACUUGUUCUUUUUGAAUCUUAUCAGAUUGAUUUGGACCAUUUCUCCAGUCUAUCCAGCUUAAAGAAUGAGCUGCACCUGGCAAAGGAGGUUAAGGAGAAUGAGAAGAGGUUCUAUAAGUAUGUUGGCCAGAAAAGAAGGACCAAGGAAGCUGUGGGUCUUCUGUUAAGAAGCCAGAGGAAACUCAUAACCAAAGAUGCAAUUAAGGUGGAUCUACUCAACAGCUAUUUUGCCUCAGUCUUCCCCAAAAAAUUAAGCUGCAGCCAGAUACCUAAUAAGGACUAUUUAGAUAAGGAAGAGGGUAUGCUGAGGGAGGUGGUAAUAAAAGAGAUUGUCAGAGAGCUUGUGUUGGGUCUGAAUGAAUUCAAGUCAGCGGGGCCAGAUGAACUUCAUUCCAGCGUCCUGGGGGAACUGGCAGAGGAGAUCUUGGAGCCCUUGGCAAUGAUUUUCAUGAAGUCGUGGGAGAUGGGCCAGGUACCAGAGGACUGGAAAAGUGUUACCACAGUGGCUCUCUUUGGUCAAAAGGAGGACCCAGGGAACUGGGAAGUUACUGAAACAUAUCCUAAGGAAGGCUGUUUGCAAGCAUCUGCUGGCGAAAAGGCUGUUCACAAGCAGCCAGCAUGGAUUUAUGAAAAACAAAUAAUGUCAAACAAACCUGAUCUUCUUUGACAAGUAAUUAUUUGGGUGGAAGAAGGGACUACUCAAAUAGAGUGUAUCAACUUCAGCAAGGCUUUUGAUGGCACAACCUUCUUACAAACAAAUUGGAGAAAUGUUGGCUAGGUAAAACUACUACAAGAUGCAUAGGUAACUGGCUCAACAGCUGCAAGUAAAGAGUAAUUAUUAGUGGGUUCAUGUCAGAGUGGCAGGAGGUUUCAAGUGGAGUCCCACAGGGGUCUAUCCUUGGCCCUGUGCUAUUGAGUGUGUUUAUUAACAAUUUGGCAUAGAAAACUUCUUUAGCAAGUUUGCAGAUGACACAAAACCGAGAACUGCAAAUAUGUUGGAGGAUGCAGGUGCUCCCAUAACAUUGUUCAGAUGGUGUCAGAAGCUAUGCUAAAGUCAAGGUUUAUAACUUGCUCUCACCCCACCCCUGCCACCUUAUCUGGUGAAGGGUGGGAAAGACAACCAGUAGGGCAGAAGUGCUUAGACUUCAGAAAGGCCAACUUCAGUAUGCUCAAGAGAUUAGUUAGCGAGGCACUGAUGAUCAGGAGCACUGGUGAGAUGGCAGUCCAGGAAGGGUGGUCAUUCCUAAAGGGAGCAAUCCUUUGGGUGCAGAAAGAGACAAUCCCAUGAAAGAGGGCAAAGGGGCCAAAAAACCCUCUUCAUUGAACAGGGAAAUCCAGGAAAGCCUAGGGGAGGCAUACAGGCUGUGGAAGCAGGGUAUAGCUACCAAGGAGGAGUAUACCUACUUGGCCUGCACUUCCAGGGAGUCGAUUAGAAAGGCCAAAGCUGCAAUGGAACUUAGGCUGGCGACAAAAAUUAAAGACAACACAAAGUCCUUCUACAGGUAUAUAGGGAGCAAAAAAGAAGACGUAGGGUAAAAUAGGAUCCCUACAGGGCAGACUAGGGCAAUUAGUGACAGAUAAGAGGGACAAAGCUGAGCUCUUCAAUGAGUUUUUUGCUUCCGUAUUCCCGAACAUGGAUCAGGGCAAAUCUCCCAAUUGGAUUAUAGACGAGCACAGGAGGGAAAUCGGCCCACCAGCUGUUAGUGCUGACUUAGUGAAGGGACAUUUGGAGGGGCUGGAUGUGUUUAAGACAGCAGACCCAGAUGAUGUUCAUUCAAGGGUGCUGAAGGAAUUGGCCAGUGUCACAGCAGAGCCACUGGCAAAGUUGUUCGAGCACUCAUGGUGCUCAGGUCAGGUCCCAGAGGAUUGGAAAAGGGCCAGUGUGGUCCCUAUCUUCAAGAAGGGGAGUAAGGAGGAUCCAGAGAACUAUAGACUAGUUAGCCUGACCUCUAUCCUUGGGAAAACAUUUGAAACAAUUAUUAAGGAUCACAUUUGUAGGAGUUCAGCAAGAAAAAUAAUGCUGAAGGGCAACCAGCAUAGGUUCCUAGCAGGUAGAUCCUGCCUCACUAAUCUUGUUUCUUUUUAUGACCAGGUCACAACAUGCUUAGAUGUAGGGGAUGAGGUAGAUGUCAUCUACCUGGAUUUUAAGAAGGCCUUCAAUAUGGUAUCUUAUCCUAUUCGCAUAGAUAAACUGAGCAGCAGUGACAGAUAAUUACAUGGUCAGGUGGGUGGCAAAUUGGCUAAUGGGACACACCCAGAGAGUAGCCACAAACUGACAGCAGAUUUAGAUUGGACAUUCGGAAGAACUUCUUUACAGUAAGGGUUGCCAGAAUCUGGAAUGGGUUUCCAAGGGAGGUGGUGCUCGCCCCUGCCUUGGAGGUCUUUAUGAGAAGACUGGACAAGCACCUGGCUGGGGUCAUCUGACCCCAGUGCUCUUUCCCGCCUGGGGCAGGGGGUCAGACUCGAUGGUCUACUGAGGUCUCUUCCAACCCUAAUAUCUAUGAAAUCAGAUUGAUUAGACAUGACUUGCUUUUGGUGAAUCCAUGCUGGCUGUUCCUGAUCACCGUGUUCUCCUCUUGGUGCUUCAGAACAGAUUCCCUGAGGACCUGGUCCACGAUCUUUGCAAUUAGCUAGGUCCUUAGCAGCUGAUCCAGUUCAGUGGAGGCAGUGAGAUUUGUCACUGUCAUCUGGAGCUGGACUUGUGCAACAGCCUUAAGGACACUCCUUAUCAGAGAGGGAGCUUCCCUGACUGUACUGGCUGAGCUAGAGUGUAUGGAUGAUCUAAAUAACCUUAACUCAGUUCCAGUAAUUUCCCUUUUUAUUUUGGCAUAGCCAUUGUCUGGGGCUUCUGCGGACUGAUCUGGAGAGUGUUUGUGGGGACCUAAGUGGGGUUAUCUUUUGAAGGAGAGAUGCGGAGGUUAUGAAGGACAAGACUGAAACCUCUUCUGUCUCCCCCAAAUAUCUGAUUACCUCUCUUACCGCAAAUAUCUGAUACUUCUCCCCCCACCCAAUGAUCCCAUAUCACUGUACUGCUCUCUUUUCCUCUGGAGCUGAAGCAGCAGGGGAAGAGUGAGCCUGGAGCACCAUCCCACACUGGUGCAUGCAGCAUAAUUUUUAACCCAUAAUGAUUUUUAUGCUUUGAAGCACACUUUUAAGCAGUUCUUUAUUGGAAGCAUCCAGGCUUUGGUAUUUGCAUGGCCAAAUACAAACAGUUCAUACAGCAAAUAAUUAUUUUUUCCAUCUAUAAUAGUCUGCAAGCUAGAUUAAUUGAUAAUAAGUAGAAAUGCAGUUAAAUCAUUGGUUGAAAACUAGUCCACCACCAAAACAUGCUUAAUUUUUCCAUGCAAUCAUUUUAUUAUAGCAUGGCUACUGUGUGCGAUAGUAAAAUGAUCAAUUGUGAAUCUACUGUUAGGGCCAUGUAGCUGGUUGGUCUGUGGUUUUUCACAUGUAUACCUGAAACCAUAGUGGCUGCCUUAGGGAAAAGCCGUUGUAAUUCUAGAUAGUGCAGCAGAAUGGAGGCAGCCUUUUUGGCAGAUGUUCCACAAAUGAGCCCAGCUCCCCCCAGUCGCAUUCCAGUCCCUUUCUCCCUGGCCUACCUGAUCUGCUGCUCUGCUUUCUGCUUCCUGCCCUGUGCUCCUUGCCUGAUCUGAUGCUCUGCUUUCUGCUCCCUACUCCCUACUCUAUCUGCCACUGUGUCCCCUCCCCAGUAUGCUGCAUGGCACACACACAGACUGCCCAUACCACACACAGAGACUGGCCGUGCCACAGGUUGGCCACCUCCGGUGUAGCAGAAAGCUACUGGAGGUUUGCAGUGAUUUUAGUGACAGAAAAAUAAAUGAGACUAGGGUUCAGAGCAAGAGGUAAGGUGCAUAAUUUAAAUAUCAGGGGAAAAAAGAUGGAUCAAGAUUUGUAAUUUGAUUACAGCGUUAGUGCCUUUCUGGGCACUAGCAGAAAAUGGCUUGUAAAUCAGACUUAGUAGUUGGGUUUUAAAACCAGGAAAAUGAUCACAUUUGAAUGAGGCAAAAUUUUACCAGGGAGAGCGGUGAAGCCCUACAACCAACAGCCAGUAGUGGAGUCUCCAUCUUGUGAGGUCUUGGAAUUCAGACAGGGCGCUGGUUUUGGAGGGAUGCCUUCCUGAACUCAGUUUCCCAGGCUGGAUGCAGGGGAAAUGGAAUUAAAUACUUUGGCCCAGAUUAUUGAUCAGAGGAGCUGAUCUGAUGGUCCCUUCUUGCUUUAAAAUGUAUGGAGAGUGUGAAAAUGAGCCAUUGGAAUGUGGCAGAUCAACAAGCUGGGGCUGUGAAACUAAGAAAUCCCUUUGGGCAAAGCACUAAGUUGGCAUAAGGACAAUUCAUCUUAAAAUCCCUCUGUUCACUACACACAGAGGGCAGGGCAGGAGGGAGAUGUUUGCAGGUGAACAGAGCCCAUGAGUGUCUUCCAGGUAAGCGGGGUGCCAGGUGAGGCACCUGAUGGCUGCUACAAGGCUCCGUACAGCCACCUGGCUUGCUUUGCGCUCCCAGGCCAUGUCUCAGCAAUGGGAGUGGUGGGUGUGUGGAACUGCUCUGCAUUCAGCCUCCCCUGCCAAUAUGUCUGUCUGCUCCAUCUGCCUGGACCCUACCCAUGACAGUGGGGAUGGGGGCAGUGAGAGCCUUGGAUCCUGCUCUGGCUGCUGGAGGAUGCUCCAAUGCAGUGCAGCAGUAAUCCUGGGUGUGCUGUCCUUUUGCCCCAGGAUUCAGCAUCCCCUGCCUGCAGCAUCAUGCAAGAGCACAGCAAGGGCUCAGUGCUGGCUGCACAUCUGGGGAUGAUUGUAAAGCACUUGUGUGCAGAGCCAGACUUGGCUGCCAUCCCCAGAUCCAUUCCAGUGUGACCACAGUUCACACUUGUGAAGUCUCUGGACAGGUGCUAUUUUUUCCUACUAUGCAUCACCAAGCAAACUGUGGGGCUGGCCCAGUACUAUGGGUCCUCUUCUGCCAGGUGACUAAUCUGUGGUGGAAUCAUUUGCUUUUUCCUGUUCUGUUGUUCCAAUCACAUGCUACAAAGUUCAUGAAAAUUGGGAGCUCAGCAGAGUACUGUUUAAGAUAACCUGGGGAAAAGGCAGUGAUAGAGGGGACAUUACACCCCAAUAUGUUUAUAGAUUGCUGGCACCGAGUCUGGAUAAUAGUUAUGUAGGGUGGCACGAGAGAAAUGGGAUGGAAUUAAGUUGCAUGCCAGGAAAAACUAUGUGCGACUUUGUGUCAGGAACACGUUCCUGACAGAAGCUCCAUAACUAUGUGCAUGAGAUAGGAAAAUGUGCCGCAGAGCUGGGAUAGUAGAGAUUGGCUGGAUGACCUAAUGUGGUAGGUAUUUUAUAUUAUUAUUUUUUUGUUAUAUUUAACACUGUAUUUUUAUAACACCUAGACCACCAGCUCUUAUAGGGGCCGUACAUAAAUAUGAGAAACAGCCUCUGCCCCAAAAAGCUUCCAAGAGAUAUGAUGGAACAGAUGGACAGGAUAAACGGUCAGGUAGGGAAAUACAAGGUGAUUAAAAAAAAUAGCACAGACAAGUUUUAACUUUAACUUCUUUGAAGGACCUGAGUCUUGUAGAAAACGCCAUUCUUUCUCCUGUUCCAUUUGAGACAGAGAAGUUUCUGUACAGUGAUGUCCUAUAUCUUCAGAGACAUCAAACAUAAAACCAUUUGUGAGACUCAUUGACCCAGCAUUGACUUGGAGGUGGGUCUUGCAACCAUGUGUGCACUCAUUUAUUUAUUAAAAGAAAAAAAAAAAAACAAAAAACUUUGGGAUUAGUUGCCUGCUGCCAAUUUACCUCAGGCUCUGAUCUGGCCAUAUUAUAUAAACUAGGAAAGGCUGGAAAUAGUCAGUGCUUGAAUCAGGGACAACUAAGGAAACCCAGAUGCUGCAUAAGGUUGUCUUAGUGAUUUAGUAGGUAACACUUUUCACUCUGAACCUUAAGUAUGUUGUGCUUCAGGAGAUGCUGUCUUUCCAAAAAAAAAGUUAAACUAAGGUCUUGACCACAUGUAUUCAUUUAAAUCUAGAUCUCCAUAGUAGAAAAGAAAACACCAGUAUCCUGGAUAAAUUCCAACUGAGAAUUACAUUUUUUCUCCCCAGCUUUUUUCUCUGUAACUUAAAUUGCCCUAGGAUUGGCUGUAUAAGUGAUCCACAAGACAGUUUUUUUCCUAUAAGAAAGUGUUUCUCAAGCUGCUCCUGUUCCACAAAGUCUUCCCUUGUGGUCUCCAAAGUGAAAAGAAAUAAAGGACUGAAAUUUCCUAGAAUGGAGAUAAUUUGAAAUAAGAAGAUGGAGAAUAGUACAGAAUGUCCCAUACAACUCUUUCUCUUAUCCCCUCAUCCCAGCAUUAAAAGUAGAUCCUUACUGAAGUAACUGUUCAUAAAUAUUGCACGUGUUUUUUGCUCAGGAAAGCAGCUUUCAUAAACUGGUAUAGGAUACAACUUUGCUGGUAGAGCUGAGUGGACUUUGCAGGGGUAGUGUACUGGUAAACUGCCCCUUGUGGAGUUGUGGCUGCACAGGCUGCUGUCAGGACUGCAUAAUAUAGUGUGCACAGUCUGCAGAGUGCUUUGGGAAUGAGAGCUGCAUAAAAGCAUUGGUUGUAAUUGCUGCAGGCUGUUAAAACAAAUAGCAAGGCCGGUUGUAUUAGACAUAUGUCUCUUUAGUUUCAUAGCAUGUUUACCUUAUGAAUACAGUAUUUUUGAGGACAGGAGUGGGGAAGUUGUACCAAGUAUCUUUGCUUGGUCCUAUUGUUAAAAUGAAAGACACACAUACAUGGGGCAAUGCUUCCCCGUAUUUGAGUAGUAUGAGCCACUCUUGGGUGAAAACUCCCGAGUUUGGCCUUUUAAAGUAGUCUUGCUAGUAGGAUCAUAGGAUAGUAGGGCUGAAAAGGACCUCGUAAGGUCAUCUAAUCCAGGUCCUGCUUAAGACAAGACUGUCCCUGACUAAACUGUCCCAGCCAGGUAUCUUGUCUAACCUGCUCUUGGACAUUUCCAGGGAUGGAGUUGCUACACUUUCUGUAGGCAGCUUGUUUCAAUAUUUGACCACCCUUAUAGUCAGAAAGUUCUUCCUAAUCUCCAACCUAAAUUUCCUCUGCUGCAGUUUGAGGCUAUUGCUCCACGUUCUGUUCCCUACAGCCAAUGAAAUAACCCUUAAGGUAUUUGAAGACUGUUAUUAAAUCCCCCCUCAGUCUUUUCUCCAGACUAAAUAACCCUAGUUCUUUCAGUUUUUUCCUUAUACAUCUUCAUUUUCUGCUUUCAGGAAUCAUUUUUGUUGCUCUCUACUGAACUAUUUUCAAUCUAUCCACUUUGUUGUCCAAAAGUGGACACAGUAUGCCAGGUAAGGGCCCACCAGUUCCAAAUAGAGUGGAAGAAUCGCUUCUUUUGAUUUGCAAGCAACGCUGCUGUUAAUGUAACCCAGUGAACUUUUGGCUUUUUCGCACAAAAGCACACUGUUGGCUCAUAUUAAGCUUAUAGGGUUCCUAUAGAUGUGCAGCGAGGCUGCUCCAACAUGCUGUAAAUCCAGCGCGUUGGAUUAAUUGAGUCUGCUGGAGUGCGGAAGUUAAUGUGCUCCAGCAGCUUCCAGUGUCAUGUGGAUCAGCUUCUCCACGCUGAAAAGUGACAGCAGGGCACUUUGAAUUAAGGCUGGUUUGAUGAGUUUUAGUUCAAAGUGCCCUGCUACCAUUUUCCAGUGUGGGGACACAGGUACAUGUGACACUCAGGGGCUUUUAAUUAGCACAGCUCACAAAUUAAAGUGCCCCACCUCCCAGAGCAUGUCUAUAAACGCCUGUAGUCCACUGCAACACUCAGGUCCUUGCCUGCAGUACUGUAACCUAACCAGCCAUUCCCCCAUCUAUCUGCAUGCAAUUAUUCUGUCUCAAAUACAAGACUUCGUGUUUGUCCUUGUUGAAUCUCAUCAGAUAAUUGCAGAUCAUUUCUCAGGUGUAUCCAAGUCUUUCUAGAUUCUAGCCCUGCCCUCCAGGAUGUCUGCAACGCCACCCCACUCAUUGUCAGGAGCAGAAACCUCCAAAGCAGACAUUGAAUCACUGGUUGGGAAGAGGAAAGGGGUCAAAUGUUGCCCAAUCCGGACUUCUCCCUGUCCUCUUCCCAGUACUCCAGGGGCCCAGAACAAGGCUUUAGGAGUCUCCCAAACUCGGGGUCACUAGGGUCCACUCAGUGCCUCUCUUCCUCAACAACCUGGCCUGGAGGGAGAGCUCCAGAGCAAAAGCAUCUGCAGAGUUCAGGCAGCAGGAGCAGAAGCAGCCAAAGCAGAGGGCUCUGGGCAUAAGCUUCCUGUGGUUUGGAUGGAUUUUCCCUGGCCAGUGCUUUUUGCUCAUAACCUCAGUUCAUGCUGUCAUGACCCAAUGAUUGUGUAUGUGCUUCGGCACUGCAGAAUUAUUUCCUGCCACAUGGAGCUUUCUUUGCACGGUGCAAUUCUCAGCUGCAGAGAGAAAACCCCGGUGCAAAGGAGUUCCCGCCACCCGUAUGUAAAUUUGUUCCCCAUUAUUGGCUGUUUCUAAAUUAUUCCCACGUGGCAGCUAGCAAUUGGCUUGCUAGCCGUAUAAGAGGCUUGUGCAGUUUCCGCCCAAGUCGGAGAUCUCUGAGAAUAUCAGGAGGAUCCUGAGAACCUCGAUUCCGGGAGAAAUCCGAGAGAAUUCCGGCAAGGAGUCCACGAUUAUCUCGUGGAUUUCUACGUAUAUCUCGGACCGAAUGAUGGUUUGAUCAGCCAUCAAGACUCUCUCCCCGUCGCCGGACGAUCCCUGAUGUACCCCUGCCCUGCGCGCUCGUUGAGAGUCACAGCACGGACUCUCGUAUCGGUUUAGGGAGCUCUCGUCGUUCGAGUUUUCUUCUUUUCUUCUGUCUACAACUGUAACCAAGCAAGUUUUCCUGCCUGCACCGCGACCAUCUACGGUGUAAGUAAAAUAAUCUUUAAUCAACCUCUACGCGUCCGUACCUAAUUCUAGUCCGCCGUGCCGACUUCCCCAGCCCACGUGCCCGGGCUGCUGGCCACAGCCUCUCGGCCCCGACACAUGCCACCUUUGCCCCUGUAGCCCUAUUCUACCCUGUCCUAUCCCCUCACUCUGUGUCUCUUCCCUUCUCAUUUAGCUUUUCCUGUCUUAAGUAAACCCAGCCAUCAUUCCCCCCCCUUCCCCCUGCACCAAAACCCUGGUGCUAACCUGCUGUUUGGUGCCAUCAGGCUGUUCUGCCGCUGCCUCUGUCCUGUUUGCAUUUUAAGUGCUUUGGGGCAGGAACUGUCAGUAAGUGCUGAGACCUCAUAUUGUGGAGUGCACAAGUGGUUUCCUAAGGCAUAAAAAUGAGGAAAAAAAAUAUAGUCAUGAAUAUAAAACAAAGGCACAGCAGAACCAAUCUUCACUAAAGCCUUUCUCUUCUGUACUUUUCCCCACUAAUCUGAGUAAAGAGGCUUGCAGCAAGGCACACAAGAGGUUAGAAGUGAGAGUGAAUUUUAACAUAAAAAUGGACAAGAACCUUAAUUAAAUCUACAGCAAGAUACAUAAUUAGUGUUUUAAAUUGCGUAAAAACUGUCAGGCUCUGAGAUUCCAGACACUUGGAAAUAAAUAUUCUCAGAUCUAGUACAAGUUCAGAUCUGGUACAAGGAUUUUACAGUCCUUAAUUUAUACCCUAGACAACGCUUCCUACUUCAGCACAAAUUGGUGCUGUUAAAUGCCCAGUGGGAUUCUGGUAAGUGACGUUUUUCACUCCUUGUCUGAUUAAGUUAGAAGAUUAAUUGCUGGUCUGUAUGUAAUCACGUCUGCCUAAUUCUUACAGCCAUGCUUGAUUUUACAUAAAUCACACGCUGACUAAAAAUCUUCACAGCAACCUAAAUCAUUCAACGACGUUUUUGUAAUCUCUUAAAUUUGGCUAAAUAAAGUGACUUGGAGCUUCGUCUUAAAAAAUGCCUGAUCAAAUGAAAAAUCUAUAAAAUAAUCAGAUUGAAAGAGUCUAUUCACAUGAAUAGUAGUAAAGAUAUAUUGAGGAUCAGAUGUCUCUCUUCUCCCCAUCUCCCUUUCUGGAGGGAAAAGGAGAGCGGUAACUUAUAAUUCUUACCUAGAAAUAGAUCUGUUUCCAAAUAGGAAAAACAACUGUGCUAAAUAAUCAAAUAAUACACUGAAAAGACUCAAGUGGGUUGAGGUACCUCUGUUUCAUGCAAACUGGGUAGCUUCACGAGCUUAUUUUUCUGUAUUUUCUCCACGCCUAAUAUGGUUUUACUAGACUGUUGUACUGAUGCUGUGCUCUCUCGGGGGGCACAGUGAGUUUUUUGUUCACUGCCAAUUUAACAAAAACUAAGUGGCAUUAAAAGUUCUUAUGGCGAAUCAUUUUGGCUAAUAAAAAUAUGGCUUUUCUUCACAUUCAGAAAAAAGUCUUUCAUAUUGGGGAUUUUUUCCCUGACUAAUUUAAAGAGAAACAUUGUGGUAUAUAGGUUGUCUUAAAAAUGCUGUCAAAUCUGAUUAACCCCUGAAUCUCAGUAGCUGGUUGGGUUUCCCUUUGCUAGCAGGUAAGUCCGUGAACUCGAUAUUCCUCCUUCCCUGUCACGGUUGAGACCAUUCUCGGUGGAUUGCUCCUGACGUGCUCUUUCCUUCUACUGAGUAAUCUCUCCUGUUUUUCUUCACAGUUAUAUCCUGGAUAAUGACCUCUUGGUCCCGAGAGCAAAGGCACUUCUGUGACAAAAAUUAAAAAUCUCACUUCUGAUGAAGACAUUGGGCACAUCCCCACAUGCAGGGGCAUGCACAUUCAGCAGCAAAAAUAGUAGUGGCACAAAUAUGUAGUGCUACUUUUUGCCACAAUGCAUACCCCUGCACGUGUGGUUUGUUAUGGGGCAAAUUGCCCUGCUUCAGAGAAACUGCCCUUUCCCCACUUGUCUGGAGGCGUUGGGGGACAGCUAAAGUGGUAGAGACACUCUGGUUAGCAGCCAGAGUGUCUCCUGGGAGGACCAAGCCUCUGUGUCUGCUGGCGCCUGGUCCUGUGAUGUGCCCUGUAUUACUUUUUUCCCUACCAUUUUUUUUUGCUGCUGGGAUUUCCCAGUAGCAAAUUUUGCCCCUACACGUUUUCAUGUGCCAGGCAUGCGGUUUAUGGCACCGCAUACCACACAUGCCUGCACAUACGGAUGCGAUCAUUGAGUGUUUUGUGUAUCUAAUCUGUCACGAGUAUUUUAAUAUUCAGUGCGAAUAUGUUACUUAUUGAAACCCCAUGAACUUGGGUUGUCCCGACAUGAAAGUACUGUCCCCCUGACUAACCUAUCCCUUCAGUUAGCAACAGGUUAUUAUGGCUAUUGAAAUGGUUCUUGACAUUUCUUUUUUUUUUUUUUUUCCUCCAGAAGUGAGUUCAAAAACAGAUCAACAAGAAAGAAGAACAAGUGCCUGGAUUAAUGAUAAUGUGAGAUGUGACUAUCACUAAAUCAGAACUUGUUCCAAAUAAAAAAGCAGUUAUUAAGAUUUGGGAUUUGUAGGAAGAUGCAGAACUCUUCAGAUGUGUCCUGCUUCAGGUUAAAAGGGAAAAUCCUACUGUAUAGCUGCUUAAAAAUAAUAGCCUAUGUAAAAAAAAACAUAACUUUACCGCUUCCUUUGUCCAUUCUCAGAUGCAUUUCAUGAGAGGGAUGUGAGGGUCCUGGGAAACUUCAUGAGGAUUUCCUCAAGUGUUUCUAGCAUUUCACUUCACUGUGAGCUUUCUGAACUGCCCCUGGCAUUCAAAUGGCAACUUAUUUUGCAUGUUAUUCUGAAAACUAGUAAAGACUUUUUUAAAGAAAAAUGACAGGAAAUAGAUUAUGUAGAUCUUCAUCAUCAGAUUGUUGCAACUCAGCAACACAAAACAAGAUAAAUUUGCUUUUGUAGAACAUGUUCAUCUGCACUUAUCUAAAUUAGUCUGAAGGAUAAAUAUGUAAUAUCUUGUCCUUCUGACGUUCCUCUUGUGUCCGAUGCCUUAAUCCAGCCCCUCAAGCAAAAUUAAUCAUACUAGGUGUCACGACCCAGUGAUUUUGGUGCCUCAGCACUAUGGAAUUUUUUUGACACACGAGAGCCUCUUGCACAGCGAGGGUUUUUGCUGCAUAGAGAACCCGCGUGCAGGAGAGAGUUCCUGCCAAUUUGCAGCUGUCUUUGCAGGAUGCAUUUUCCCUUUGCAGCACAGAAGUGCACGGUGCAAAGAGUUCCCGCCAUUCAGACGUAAAUUUGUGUCCCGCUAUUGGCUAGUGCUAAAUUAUUCACACGUGGCGGCCGGUAAUUGGCUUGCUGGCCGUUUAAAAACUAGCGCAACUUCCGCCCAAGUCGAAGAGCUUUGAGCACACUGCAGAGUGCCUCGAAAGAGAUCCGACUUGCGGCUAGCUGAUCGAUAGACUGAUCACCUAUCGAUCCCUCUUCCCAUCGCUGAACACAGUCCCAGACGUACCCUUUUCCCGCCGGCUUGAGUUACGGACGGAUUUACUGGCGUUGGCCUCGCCAGCUGGGGCAACUCACAUUGUUGUCCAGACGACCGAACUGUUUCCGUCGCAGCCACCCGCGACGUAAGUAAAGUUUUUUACAACCAUUAAACCUCGUCUGCCUCUCCAUUCACCAGCCCGCCCUGACGAACAAGUAAUUUCUGAAUCACCUCGAGUCGGCUCAGCCCGGCCGAGACAUGGCGACAAGGAUGGGAUUAAAGGGCACAGUGAUGGAGAAGAACUUAAUUGGGUGCUGCCCCUGGCACACCGGGAACCGCCACGUAGAGAAUGCUAACGAUCUAUGGGCACAUAUCGCUUACCACCAGGCGGUAAAAGGGGAGGAAAGAAGUAUUGAUGGUUACUUCUCCGUAAAAAGAGAAGAGGCCUUAGUGAAAGAAUGGAGAAGAAAGCUAUCCCUUGGGGAGUUCGGAUGCAUAAUGGGGAGCGACCGGGUUUAUUAUCGGCCCCCGGAGGAAACAUCAACCAUAUCCCUAGCUGGGGUGAAAGCGCGGAAGGCAGAAAAGCUGACCCCCGCUCAGGAGUUCACUCAAUGUACCCGAUAUUUAAAGGAGGGGGGGAACCCACCCCUGCGGACUGGUUCAACUGUCCAGAUUUGGUGCCUGAGUCGCGCGGCCAUGAGCUCCUCGUUCAGCUACGGGAGGAUUUGGAAACUAAGGGCCGUCACAAGCCGAAGUAGGGUCUAAUUAAAUGGAAAAAGGGAAAAAUGAUAAAUGUGCUGUUCCGUGCAGUAACGGUCCUACUGAGGGAAUACGCAAAUCUGGAGGCUCAGAUGCAUACUGCGGGUAAGGAGUCGCUGGAGCGGACAGCAAAGGGCUCCGGAGCAGCGUUUCUUAACAGUGCCGGCCGCAUGAUGCUGCUAGCAGAAAAUGGCGCCGAAAGAAGCUCGAGCUACCCGGGGAACCCGGAAAGGAGGGGCGGAGUUUUGGAAGACCCGGCGGGGAUCCCCCUGGUGACUCCACCUCCUGAGGUGACGUCAUUCCCUGCAACCACGCCUCUUUACCACGGGGAGGGGGCAAUGGGAGGAGGGAUAUACCCAACGCUCCCAGAUACAGAGUUUAACCCUCUCUAUGCCGCAGCUUACCUGGUAGCUGUGACAAAGCAUGUUGAGGAUGAAGAAGGUACCACGCGUACCACCAUCUCUCGUACACGCACCAGACCAGAGUUACAAGAGCUUUGCAAAGACUCUAAAAUCAGGCCGGAAGAAACCUUGGCCAUAUGGUUAGGAAGACUGAUAGUGGAAUUUGGAUCGGACACUCUGGAUAAAGAAGAAGCGAGUGCCCUGACACAACAAGCGGCGUGGAGCGGAGGGCGCGCUACUGAUUUGAAUGUGGUCACGGACAGUGCCCACUGGCCCAUCCCGCUCCCGGCGCUUGUGGUAGGACAGGUAACCCACAAAUUUCACACCUGGCACGAGGGUUGCCCGAAGAAGGCUACUGCAGAACAACUUCUCCUGGCUAUAGUUGGAGUGUCGUAUCUCUCAUGGAGCCCAAGAACAAAUCCAAUGGGACUAACAGCAGUCCAGCGUAAAGAGAGAUGGGCUCAUCGUCACCUAUCGGACCCCAGGGCAAUUCCAACGCCCUUGGAAGCUAUAGAUGCCUGCGUGGAGGUAUACGGAGGAGCGAAUGCUGUUACACUCCGACUCUUCUUCAACCCGAUAGCAGGACAACCAGUGGGAAAUCUUUUAGGCCAUCUCCCACGAUUGCAGGCACUUCUGAAGCAAGGUGAGGAAGCUUCUAAUGACACAAGGGAUCGACCUUCAGCGUACCUGGCUGCAACAUUGAGGCCUAGGCGUCAAGGUUAUACCUCUUGGCGAGAGCCAUGGGGGUCACCUCCAAGGACCCCAAAAGAAAGAACCUCAAAGGAAAGAUCUCUGAAGGAAAGAACUAUGUUCGGAUUUCUUCUCGCUCACUCCGGACUAACAAAGGCUCAAUUGAGACUUUUGGGAGACAAGGCCCAGGCCAGUAUGGCUGAAGCAUUGGGAUUUAUUUUUGAGGAUUCGUCAAAAAACGAGUAAUGGCCGUCGGCUCCGCCAGCGGCCUUCCCCAACUCAAACCCGAUCCUACUGAUUCUCGUCCAUACACUGAACUCACUGUUUACAACCCUACCGAUCCAGAUGACAAACAACAGGUAUCCUUCCUUCUUGACACUGGAGCUCAGACCAAUGUGAUUACCUUAACGAUACCUCAUCAAAAGACCACCAAGACAAUCAAGGUACAAGGGCUUAACGCUAUCGCUGUCACAACGAAGGUCAAGUUUUGGGUUCAGGAUCACUGAUAUCCCCUAGAGGCUGUUCUAGGGGGCAUCAACAUUUUAGGAAUCCCGGGGAUAAAAGCGCUUGACCUUAAGGAACAAGUGCUACAGGCAUUACCUGUAAUUUCCCAGAGCAGGACUGGCAUCGACCAACGCUUCGUGACACUUCCACCUGGAGAUAUCGGCCAAUCCCAACUAAGGACUCUCUAAAACAGUCCCUUACUAACCUUCUGCAGUGACUCGAGCGACGAGGCUGUAUUAAGACUGUAACAGCCAGCACCUACCUAUCAUCAGGAUGGGGAGUUGCGAAACCUGGGAAGCCUAAUGAAUCCCGGUUGGUUGUGGACUAUAGAGAAGUCAACAAAAGGUGUCAGGUACUUCAACAACCUAAUCCGUCUACUCUGCCACAGUGUAUGUUUGAGAUGGCACAGUUCCAACAAAGUAAGUGGGUUGGAGUCACAUUGGAUAUAAAAAAUAUGUUCUUUUCCAUUCCAAUAACUGACCCGGAAGGAAUACUAAAUAUGUGUAUUGAUGGCAUCAUGUACAGGUGGACAGUUUGGCCGCAAGGAUAUCGCAACGCUCCAUCAUUAGCCACUGGUGCCAUGAAUAACACCCUGAAGAAUUUUUGAGCCUUGCACUCUUCCCCCAGAAAAAGAAUUAAAAAUUUGGAGUUAUGUGGAUGAUAUUGCCAUCAUGGGUCGCGAUAGCUCUGUAGUUGCCAGCGUAGUAAACCAACUAGUUGCUCACCUUCAAAGUGAGGGAUGGACAAUCAAUGAGGAAAAGUCAAGCCUACAUCCUGUAGACGACAUUACGUUCCUUGGCACUCGAUACACCGGUUCCAUCCGCCACGGAGUCUCGCGUGAGGGUCCUAGCAUUGAUCCGCUAAAAACAUUCCACCCUGUCACUAAGAGGCAUUUUCAACAGCUUUUGGGUCAUUUAAAUUGGUAUCGACAUUAUGUUGAACCCAGCGAUUUGGCACUCCUCACUAAAUUACAGCGACAGAUUCGUGACAAGUCCCGAAAGUCCACACCUUGGACGGAAAAGGAUCAGCAGAAUCUGCUUCACCUGCUAACCACGGUUAAAGGUACACAACUCCAUGCCAUCGAUAUGGGUGAGUCACUAACCGUAACCCUUGGAUUCACCACCAACCACGUGUGGGCUGUCGUGCACAACCCCCACGAUGAGCUAGUAUACACGGCCCAUAAGACGCUUCAAGCGGCGCAACAUCGAUAUGGAGCUAUAGGAAAGAUUCUCCUAGCCAAACAACUGGUGGAGCUGUUAGCAAGGGGGCAUGGGACGUUACGCACUCCUGGUGCCACAUUGUUACCCUUGCUGGACGCGGGAAGAAUCGACCCACAUUUUCAAGGGGAGUCUAAGACCUGGAAUACGCUAGUACUUACCCACCAUUAUAAUUGGCAUUGUUGGAAGUUGGAAGACACGGUACCUGAUCCAAGCCCAGAAGAUGAGGGAAAGGUUCCUACACUGUAUGCAACUUCAGCCCCAGCGUGGAUGGCCUCAGAUGGAACCUCCCGGCAUGAAGGAGGCUAUGGAUACUACUGUAAAGCUUGUCACGAUAAGGAAAUAUUCCAAGCCGACCCAGAUGAUAAUUCGUCCCAAAAAUGUGAAUUAUUAGGAUUCCUGAAGGUACUGGAACAUUGUGUGAUGUAUCAUAACGAUACACUCCCAGUUCCGAUCAUAGCGAUUGAUUCGCAGUAUAUCUAUAAAAUUCUUACGGGCAUAGCUUUUCCCACCGAGAACUUAGAUGAUUGGCGAGACAUCUGGAGGACGUUAACUAGAUUUGUACGCCUUCCGUUGAUUAGGCACACUAAGUCCCAUCGUCCAGAUACUGAUCCAGUGCAUGAGGUAAUUGAUAAGCUCUUGGAGGAUCCACUCCGGACCGACAUAGCUUUGCCUGUCACAUCUACCACUGAUUCUGAAGCAAAUCCAUUUCUCGCGUGGCUUCACGAAAAUUGGGGUCACCCAGGACCACGGACUUGUCAUCAAGGUUGGUGCCGAACCAUUACAGAUCCAGCCUCAUAUGGAGCACGGCAGGAUUGGGAAAAGGUAGCUCAGGCCUGUGAGACUUGUGCUAAAGAAAAGCGUCAUAAAACCAAGCAUCAGAUCGGAGCUUUCGAUUCUUCACAGUUUCAGGCAGGAAAAGUUUGGCAGGUAGAUUUACUGGGACCCCUCCCAGGGUCUAAACCGCCAAAUAAAGGAUUAGUUGUGGUUGAUUUGGGGACCAGGUAGUUGCAGGUUAUUCUCUUACGAAAAAGCAAUGCCACUGCUGUUAUUGCUGCCUUGACUGCUGUGUUUGCCACUUGGCAACCCCCUCAUGAAAUUGUCUGAUGGAGGACCUCCGUUUAACUCUGAUGCCUUGGAUAAAUUUGCUCGUCUUCACAAUGUAGCAUGGCAUCUUCAUCUGCCAUACCACCCGCGGUCCAACGGCGUUGUGGAGAGACACAUAGGUCUAUACAAGGAGCAGCUUCGCCUUAGAGGAGGAGGGACGUUUAAAAAUUGGACUAAAUUUAAUCACGAUGUCCUUAUUUCACUAAACACUGCUAAACCGUUAUGGGACGAAGCUAAUGUCCAGAAGCCCCCACCUUGGGAGCCCAAGUUCCAACCUGAAGAGUUAGUAUGGAUCUCAAUACCUCACCCUCAUCAGUCUCAUCCACCAGUUCACAAAGGGACAGUUCAACGGGCGGGACAAUAUCCCAAUACCUAUUCUGUCCAAUUGGAAGAGAAGCCUGAUUGUCCUCCUAUUAUCGUUCAUCACAACUGGAUGACUCGCCGUUCCGACGUUCACCCAGUAUCCUUACAGUGAAACCAAUUAUGAUUCUUUCUUGUUUUGUUUUGUCUUGUUAUUCUGUUUUCUUCACAGGUUUGACCCCAGCAAAAGCGGUAAUCCACAACCACCUGAUUAUGAGACCAGACUGCAGUCCAUUCGAAGCCAGAAAGUGAUGGUUGUAAGGGAGGCACUGAGAUGGCAAAUGCCCAUUUGCUCAGGACUUGUUAUGACACUAUUUUCAUUUGUUAAGUGUUUACUGACAUUGUCUGUUAUGGGAGAAGACGGACCGAAGCAGAUGUUCUCCAAUCAGACGAUGAUCAACCGUUGUUGUUAUGUGUUUAAAGUUAUUUGUUUAUGUACUUAUAUAUAUGUAUUGGUUGUGAAGGGUUUGCCAAGUCAGUGAAUCCUCUAACAAAGAUGCCGUACGAUGUGCUCAUGUGUCGAAAAUUCCAGUUGUGCCGUCGGCAAGGGGGCAUGUCACGACCCAGUGAUUUUGGUGCCUCGGCACUAUGGAAUUUUCUUGACACACGAGAGCCUCUUGCACAGCGAGGGUUUUUGCUGCAUAGAGAACCCGCGUGCAGGAGAGAGUUCCCGCCAAUUUGCAGCUGUCUUUGCAGGAUGCAUUUUCCCUUUGCAGCACAGAAGUGCACGGUGCAAAGAGUUCCCGCCAUUCAGACGUAAAUUUGUGUCCCGCUAUUGGCUAGUGCUAAAUUAUUCACACGUGGAGGCCGGUAAUUGGCUUGCUGGCUAUUUAAAAACUAGCGCGACUUCCGCCCAAGUCGAAGAGCUUUGAGCACGCUGCAGAGUGCCUCGAAAGAGAUCCGACUUGCAGCUAGCUGAUUGAUAGACUGAUCACCUAUUGAUCCUUCUUCCCGUCGCCGAACGCAGUCCCAGACGUACCCUUUUCCCGCCGGCUUGAGUUACGGACGGAUUUACUGGCGUUGGCCUCGCCAGCUGGAGCAACUCACAUUGUUGUCCAGACGACCGAACCGUUUCCGUCACAGCCACCCACAAUGUAAGUAAAGUUUUUUACAACCAUUAAACCUCGUCUGCCUCUCCAUUCACCAGCCCGCCCUGACAAACGGGUAAUUUCUGAAUCACCUCGAGUCGGCUCAGCCCGGCCGAUACACUAGGAAAAUCAUAGCUUUGCCAGAAUAAUUGCAGCCUCGCUAGGUACUUUUGCUCGCUAGAGAUUGACCUCAUGACACUUCUGAUCACCAUGGUCUUGCCAGUAAAUGUGUGUACCAUAGCUCUCAGCUACAUGAUAAUGUCAGUUUUUGCGUUUGUGUGCAUCUGCUAGCAUACCCCUAUGCUUGCAUGUAACCCAGUUGCAUUAAGAUCUGGCAUGUGUUUUUAGUAGGCCUGUGCGAAGUGGCUAGUAUUCGCUUCAGAUUUGGCCGAUUCAGAGUACAGCAGUUCAAUUUGGUGAUUCAAAUCACUGUCCCGAACUGAUUCGGCCAAAUCUGAUUUGGAGAUUCGGCCGCUGCCGAAUUGGCCCCAUCCCCCGCCCACUCUCCCAGCGCCAUCAAUGGCUGCCCCACCCAGCCCCAGGUCUUUAAAAAAAAAAAAAAAAAUCCCCCACUCACUGGUUGCUGCCAGGCAGGGGGGCAAUUCCCACUGCCCCACACUGCAUGGGGGGCUCUGCCAUGAGCCCCCAGAGGCCCUGAC